AUUAUUGGUGCGUGAGUGCACGUGAAGGUAGUCUUCUAAAAACUAAGAUAAAAUGGCUCUUUGCUCUGCUCGAAAUUUUACUCGUUUCCUUCGUAAUCGCUCCAUUCUUGGUAUUGCACCGAGAGCCUACCUAUCCAGUGGAGAUUAUCUUAUAAAUCAAGAGAAAUACUCCUUCAUUAAGGACCUCGGACUAGGAGAGGAGAAUGAUGGAGUAUUCAACGGAUCAUGGGGUGGUAGCGGAGAGAUUAUCACAUCCUACUGCCCUGCAAAUGGACAACCAAUUGCUCGWGUGAGAACGGGAUCUCUAGAGGAUUACAAGACAACAGUCGAGAAGGCAAAGGAAGCAUGGAAAACAUGGUCAAUGGUUCCAGCUCCUAAGAGGGGAGAGAUUGUGCGGCAAGUCAGUCUUGCACUGAGGGAACACAUCAACCCCUUGGGUAAAUUGCUCACUUUGGAGGUUGGCAAGAUCUUUCCAGAAGCAGUUGGAGAAAUUCAAGAAUAUAUUGAUAUUUGUGAUUUUGCCGUUGGUUUAUCAAGAAUGGUUGGAGGGAAAGUUCUGCCAUCAGAACGUCCCGGCCAUGCUCUUCUUGAGAACUGGAAUCCACUUGGAGUUCUGGGAGUCAUCACUGCAUUCAACUUCCCUGUUGCUGUUUAUGGCUGGAACAGUGCAAUCAGUAUGAUCUGUGGAAAUGUGAAUAUUUGGAAAGGAGCACCAUCCACACCACUGAUCACAGUUGCUGUGACAAAGAUUCUUGAAGAUGUUUUGAGAGCAAAUAACAUGCCCCCUGAAGUCUGCUCCAUGGUAUGUGGAGGUGCAGACAUCGGCCAGACAAUGUGUGAAGAUAAGAACAUCAACCUGUUGUCAUUCACAGGGAGUAUACCGGUUGGUCAGAAAGUUGGUGCCACUGUUCAACAAAGAUUUGGUAAGCACAUCUUGGAGCUGGGUGGAAACAAUGCCAUCAUUGUAAUGGAUGACGCUGACCUUGACCUGGUCAUUCCAUCUGUGUUGUUUGCCUGUGUUGGUACAGCUGGRCAAAGAUGUACCACAACAAGAAGAUUGAUUCUUCAUGAAAAGAUAUAUGAYACAGUCGUCGAGAAAUUGAAAACGGCAUAUGCACAGGUUAAGCAUGGGGAUCCAUUGGAUGAUGGUGUUAUUUAUGGACCAUUACAUAAUGAGAAUGCCGUUGACAUCUAUAAAAAGACAGUAAACGCAGCACAAAGUGAGGGUGGCCAAGUCAUAUUUGGAGGAAAGGUUAUUGAUUCCCCUGGAUUUUAUGUUGAACCAACACUUAUUACGGGACUGGACCAUAGUGCUGAGGUCAUGCAAGACGAGGCUUUCUGUCCUAUCUUAUACAUCUUGAAAUGCAAGAAUUUUGAGGAAGCUGUUGGUUUAAACAAUGAAGUYAAACAAGGCCUCUCCAGCAGCAUCUUUACCACCAAUAUUGGUCARGUGUUUGAAUGGAUGAGUGCUAAAGGCUCAGACUGUGGACUUGUUAAUGUGAAUAUCCCAACAAAUGGUGCAGAGAUCGGUGGUGCCUUUGGUGGUGAGAAGCAUACAGGAGGAGGRCGAGAGUCUGGAAGUGAUGCAUGGAAGGCAUACAUGAGAAGGUCAACAUGCACUAUCAAUUACAGCAAGGACCUUCCUCUUUCACAAGGAAUAAAAUUUGGUUAAAAGCACUCUUCCCAAUAUACAUUGGAUGCAUUUGCAAUUGUAGAUGCCAAAGUUAUAAAAUAGAAUAAGUAAAAUAUUGCAAGGAAGAUUGACAAUAAGGCAACCUGAUGUAUAUUAUUUUUUUAAAAUUUUUAAAAAAAUUAUGUGCUAUUUGUCACUAUUGUCAAUAACUUUGCAUCUACUGUAGAAUGCUUGAAGUCGUUUUAGUGUGUUUUCAUAUAAGAAGUAGUAUUGCCUGAAUGUAUUKUAAUUGGUAAUUUAUUUGU